AAGCCACCAUAUUCGUCUUCCAGUGUCCAAAUUGGAUGAAUUCUAUUUCAUUUGUUGUAUAUGAUAUUGAGAAGAUUUGAAAAUGUAGCAGAGAUUGCUAAAAUGUGAUUUUUAUUUCGUUUUUGGAUUUACGUUUUAGUGUGUGACAGAAUGUGGCGUGUUUUUUGUGUGUAGAAUUUGACUGGCCUAAACUGCUACCAUGGUUACAUCGUGGAUCUACUCUCUUGUCGUUCUACCACUCAUGUUAGAGGUGAGUAGUUCCAGACGACUUUCAAUAGGACCAGAAGCGCAAAGGUUAUGCAGGACGUAUCGGAAGGUGUGCUCCGCCGGCAGAUUCUGUGCAAUGCAGUACUUCCAUACACCUAGAAAUAUUUCAUUGCCAAUUUGUGUACCAGAACAUAUCAUUCCUGCUGAAGGUAAGAUUUGUGAUCUUCAGCCGGACCAGGGUAAGUGUGGUGCCCGCUAUAUCAGAUGGUUUUAUCACAAAGGACAGAACAAAUGUAACUGGUUUUAUUUUGGUGGAUGUGACGGAAAUCAAAACAAUUUCAAAAGCAAACAAGCUUGUGAAGAUACCUGCCGUAUUGCAAUAGACAAUAAUGCGCAUCCUAGCCGGAACAAUGCUAUUGCACUUCCUGUUAAAAAAAGUCCAGUGGUAAUAUCAGAACCUAUUUUUCUACCAGACAGAUCAAAUCAGAUCACAAGAUCGUUUUCGCUAAGAUCUAAAAAGGUAGGAAAACAUGAUAAGGAGCGACGCAGAAAGCGUAGAUUACGUGAUAGGAAGAAGAGAAGGUUACAGAAGCUCCGGAGACGAAGACGAAAGCUAAAUGUAACUCCGCGUAAACGUAGACGCGACGGGAAAAUUUCUGGACGGAAACGUAAAAAUAGAAAGAAGAGGAGGCAGGGAAGAAAGCAUAAAAAGAAAAAUAAGAAUAAAAAGAGCAAAUUACAUAAGGACAGGAAAGACAGAACGGAUGAAGAGACAGAAGAAGAUAACGGACGUAAUAAUCAUAAUCAAAUGACAAAUGAAAAACGUACUAAUGAUAAACAAACAGUUGAGGUAGACACUCAAAGUCACUCAUCGUUAAAAACAUUAACAGUCCUCGAUUCAGGUGACGAGGAAACGACAGAUGAUAUGGAUAGCUAACGAGUGUCAGAAUAAAAGACACUCUGACAGAACAGGUUGGCGUUUGCUUUACAAAUUACAAGUACCAUAUCAAAUUGGUAACGAUGUUUAAUCAUUGAUCUGAAUUUAAUUAUUUCAAACGCAAAAGUUUGUCAAGGUGAAAACCAAAAAUCAAAAAUUAUCUUGAACUUGAUCUGGUACGUAUUGUGCAAGCUAACCUUUGUUAUUCAAGGGAUACAUGAAAGUGUUAAACUUUUCAUGCACAGCGGUUGUAUCGGAUAAGACAUCAUUCAUCUUUGUUAGUGCUGACUUGGAACCGGAAGUGGUCGUCUGUCGGUAAGGAAUCGUAUCAUUAUAAUUCCUUGUCGGCAUGGUCGAACAUUUUGUCUGUAAUGAAAAUUCGUGGACGCCUACUGGCUAGUGUAUUAUGAGUUCCAGUAAGAAAUGUGUUAAGGUAUAGUUAAUUGAAUAAAAGACAAUCCCCGUGCUGUAUGGAACGUGACUUUUCCUUUAAUACAGUCAAAAUAAUUUCGUAAGCAAAAUAUUUCGAACAAUUAUUCAUGGUCAUACAGACCUUUGACCAGUAUUGUCACUUGAAAGCGUCUAUCGAACAAUGCUGGUAACUUGAUUACCCGUUCGCUGUCGUUCAAAAUUAGCCUUGAGUUAUUACAGUGCCCUGUUGUUGAGCGAGAGGAACCAUUUUUUUCACAUGACAGUAGAGAGGAAGGAAAAGGGCAAAUAACUCUGAUUUUGACUUCUACGAGUGUUGUGCGGCUGUUGCCCUUUCGUAUUACUAAUAUGUACAUUAUUAUUUUUAUGCCGUAUUUGAUGUAUAAGUAAUAAAUUAAUUCAUUAAUAACUUUAUUUUAUGGAAUAUGUUAAUAAUUCUGUACAUAUUCAAUCUUUUAUUUUAUAUUUUGAGAACAAACCCGUAUAGUUAGUAUACUGUCAUUUCAAUAUGUCUAUCGAUCAAAUGUAUAGAUUCUUUCAUUCAUCCGUCAGGCUAUGUAUUUGGGUAAAAUUGUGAGAUGGUAAGAUAUCUUGCUAUGUUCUGUAUAUAUCUUCCCACAUUAGGGUGUAUAUAUCAUAACUAUAUAUAUAUAUAUAUAAGACUUAUGUAACUGUUAGCGUGGGCGAAUACAUACGAUUCCCAGAACUGUAGUAUUCAAUUCUCUAUGACUGAAAACAAUUCCCGCGUUUUUAUACCAACAAUCACAACAUCAACAGAUAAAAGUAUUAUUUCUCAGAAAAUACCAAAUUGACAAGACAAAAGCAAGACAUGCUAUUAGCUAUAAUAGUUUAUAUAUUGCUACAGAUUUGAAAUUGCUAAUAUUUGAAGCUGGUGUGGCUACAUGUGUCAGUUUAAAUGUCGAUUCUGACUUUGUUAUUACUACUGUAUGAUAUCCAAACAUGAUAUGUGUUCGUGUAUAUUUGUACAGCUCAUC